UCUUGAGUGUUUCCGGUAUCGAGCAACGGUGUCACCUCAGAUCUUCUCAAUUGAUGAAUUUAUAACUACUUAAUUCGUGACAUCCGGUUAUUGACGUGAGAGUCACCGAAUUCUUGGGAUCGGGGUGAGAUCACCGUCGCUCGCCCGUUAAUUAGAAUAUCCGCUGGUUGCGAAGGAAAGAAUCGUUACUCCGCAGGACGUAACAACUGUAAUAUCGUAAGAAAAGCACUACUUGAAGACAAUCAAGCUGAUAGCGAAGAAAGAAACAAUAAUCUUGUAAAUUCAAUUAGAAGCAAUAUGUAUUUUGAUACAAAUUUAGAGAAAUGGGAAUUGAUACCACCUGAUACAAAUGCAUCUUUACAUGCUUCACAUCAAGAUGACAGCCAAACAGGUUUCAAUCAGUCUUCAAUUAAAACAGUUGGAUUUUCCAGUACAUCAUCAUUGUCAUCUGAAGGAUUUGGAUGUGACUUAGAAAAUUUUGAACCUGUUUCUGAAAAUUUAACUUUUGUGACUAAAAAAAGAACGCGAUUAGAUAACGAGUCCAGUUUACGUAAAACGUGGGGCAAUGAAGAAAAAGUCAUGUGUUAUGGAAAAAGCAGUAGAAGCAUUUAAAAAAAUAAGUAGUGAGUAAAUGCCACAAAUUCAGCAAUCAAAGCUUCAUCAUACUACUGAUGCUGAACAUCUGGGUUUAUAUAUUGCUGCUCGAUUAAGAGAAAUGAAACCAGAUAUACGUUUGCGUUGUGAAACAAAGAUUAUGACAAUUCUCACUACUUUUGCAAGUACCGAAACACAAGAGUAAAUAAUACAGCGUGAGUGCUAUAGUUUUGCUGUUUUUACUAAAUUUUAUAUGUUCAAUUUUCUGUUUAUUUAAUAUAGAAUGUUUUUUUUCUAUUUACA